CAACGCAAUCAGCGACAAUUCUGUCAAGGCAUCCGGAAACCGUAACAAAGCGGUAUUAUGACCCGAUCGCGGCUAUCUGGGGCCGCAAUCAAGCAUGUUGUUUCCCUUCCGACCCGUGGUUUCAUCUGUCGGAGCUGCCUACAGCAAAUAAGGCAGUUGAGGACAUCUACUCCAUUGGGAUCUCCUGCACAACAGUCAUCUCCCUUCAGUGCUAGCAGCAGUCUCUCCGUGUCAUCUUCUUGCUCUUCUUUUCCUUGGACUGCAAGAAGAAGACGGCAAACGCAAUCAGAACUAAAGGCUGCACGAGUGUCAAACGACCGCAAAUUCAGCACCAGCUUCGCGGCAUACGAACGGGACGAACAACCAUCAAGGCCAGCAAAUAAUGAAAUUAUACCUCUGCGCAAGCAAUUAAAAGAGGAAGCGAAGCUUAAAAAGAAUACCGGUGGUGGUGGAAAGAAAAAAGGGGCCAGAAAUGAUGACAAAAGUAAGGACUGGGAAUUGACUGUUGGCAUUGAGAUUCAUGCGCAACUCAAUACUGAGCAUAAGCUUUUUUCUAAGGCUGCGACCUCGAUCAACGAUUCGCCGAAUACACAUGUGGCUCUUUUUGAUGCAGCAUUUCCCGGAACGCAGCCUGACUUUCAAAAAGAGACAUUGAUACCGGCUCUGAGAGCAGCAGUGGCACUGGAUUGCGAAGUUCAGCGGACGAGCCGAUUUGAUAGAAAACACUAUUUCUAUCAGGAUCAGCCGAAUGGAUACCAGAUUACGCAGUACUAUGAACCAUUUGCCAAGAACGGUUUUCUAGUCCUCCAUGACUACGAUGAUAUUGACCCGGCAGACGGAAAGAAGGUUGAAAUUGGGAUCAAGCAAAUCCAAAUGGAGCAGGAUACAGCUCGAACAAUAUUGCAACCCCCUUCGACACACUUGCUCGACUUCAACCGUGUCUCACAUCCACUCAUUGAAAUUAUUACGCUCCCACACAUUCAUCACCCUGCCACUGCGGCUGCAUGUGUCCGGAAGUUACAAGGGAUCCUGAAGCGCGUGGGGGCUGUUACUACUGGCAUGGAAAUGGGAGGUCUUCGUGCUGACGUUAACGUGUCUGUCCGACCAAGAGACCGAUCCAAGCACUUUAGCCAAGGGCAAGCAUACUCGGGCGUAGAUGGGCUCGGGCAGAGGACGGAAAUUAAAAACCUCAGCAGCUUCAAAGCCAUUGAGGAUGCAAUUAUCGCUGAGCGUGAUCGACAAAUCAGUGUGCUCGAAGCCGGCGGAGUGAUUGAAGGCGAAACUCGAGGCUGGAGUUUGGGAAGUACAGAGACUCGCAAGUUGCGCGGCAAAGAGGGCGAGAUUGAUUACCGGUACAUGCCUGAUCCAGAUCUGGGUCCUGUUAUUAUUGAUGAGAGCCUAGUACAUUAUAUCAAGGCGGGAUUGCCGCAGACGCCAGAUGAGGACUUGAGACAUUUGGUGGCUGAUCAUCGGCUUAGCGUUAAGGAUGCCAAGACGUUGAUUAUGAUUGAUGAUGGAACUCGCUUGGAUUACUACGAGGAUGUGGCAGAGAAAGUGCACAUCGUGACUGGCCAAACCGAUUCGGAGCAGAUUUAUAAAUGGGCUGCAAAUUGGACACUGCAUGAGCUUGGCGGGCUCUUGACCGUUGCUGAAAAGACGUGGGACGAGAAUCCAGUGUCGUCGGACAAACUGGCAGACAUUUUGAUUCAUCUUUAUCACAGCAAGAUUACUGGAGCCACCGCGAAGCAGCUACUGGCGAAAGUGUUCCGCGGUGACAUUCGUUCCAUCGAAGAGAUUAUCGAGGAAGAGGAUCUGUUGCUGCGACCCAUGGCACGAGAUGAGUAUUUGGCAUUGGCGCAGGAGUUGCUCGCGGAGAAUGAGGCCAUGGUGGAGCAAAUCCAGAGUAAGGGACAGGUAGGCAAGGUGAAGUGGUUUGUGGGGCAGAUGAUGCGACGCGGGGAAAAGGGACGGGUGGAAGCGGUCAAGGCAGAAGGGAUUUUGCGGGAAUUGCUGGGGCUAGAUGGUACUAGAGAUGAGAUAUAGAUGAGCGAUCAUAUUAGAUAUGAGUCAGAUAAAUAGCAUGUGUCGAUAUGAUAG